CAAAAGAGAAAGAAAUUCGUGAAAACUUCAAAAAAAAAAACAGACGAGUUGUUCAAACCGCCGUCUCUCUCUCCUUUCUCUUCCCCAAUUUUCCCCCUUCACUUCCUCUGCUAAAACCUCUUUAUUCAACCAACAAAAAUGAGCGAUAACGGCAAUAACGCCAACAACAAGGAUCAGAUUGACUUGUCUGAUCUCGCCGUCAAUCUCCCCGCCGCCGCCGCCGCAUUGAGUGCGGAGGAUAGAGCUGGACUUGUAAAUGCGCUUAAGAACAAGCUGCAGAAUCUGGCAGGAGAACAUUUCGAUAUACUUGAUUCAUUAACACCGAAUGUUCGCAAGCGUGUCGAAUCACUUCGUGCGAUUCAGGGGGAACAUGAUGAGCUCGAGGCUAAGUUUUUUGAGGAAAGGGCUGCUCUUGAAGCUAAAUAUCAAAAGCUCUAUGAACCACUUUACACAAAGAGAUAUGAGAUUGUUAACGGGGUUGUUGAAGUUGAAGGAGUUACAAAUGAAACCUUGACAGAGCAAGGAGAAGAGGACGCACCCGAAGAGAAAGGUGUACCAAACUUUUGGGUCACUGCUAUGAAGACCAAUGAUGUUUUGGCUGAAGAGAUUACGGAGCGUGAUGAAGGAGCUCUCAAGUAUCUCAAAGAUAUCAAGUGGACCAGGAUUGAUGAUCCAAAGGGCUUCAAGCUUGAGUUCUUUUUUGAUACAAAUCCUUAUUUCAAAAAUACUGUUCUUACUAAAACUUAUCACAUGAUUGAUGAGGAUGAACCUAUUCUAGAGAAGGCAAUAGGGACUGAUAUUGAAUGGCUUUCGGGUAAAUGUUUGACACAAAAGAUCCUGAAGAAAAAGCCUAAAAAGGGAUCAAAGAAUGCCAAACCUAUUACUAAGACUGAGAGUUGUGAAAGUUUUUUCAACUUUUUCAACCCCCCUCAGGUUCCAGAAGACGAUGCUGAUCUAGAUGAGGAUGCAGCGGAAGAACUUCAGAAUCUGAUGGAGCAAGAUUACGAGAUUGGCUCAACUAUUCGAGACAAAAUUAUUCCCCAUGCUGUAUCGUGGUUUACUGGAGAGGCUGUUCAGGGGGAUGAGUUCGAUAUAGAUGAUGACGAAGGAGAUGACGAUGAAGAUGAUGAUGACGAUGAUGAUGAAGAAGAUGAUGAUGAUGAAGACGAUGAGGAUGAUGACGAAGAUGAGGAUGAGGAGGAAGUUAAGAUAAAGAAGAAGACAUCAUCUGGAUCUAAGAAGGGUGGAAGAGCACAAGCUGUACCGACCGGUGAGCGUCCUCCUGAAUGCAAGCAACAAUAGUUGGUCUUGAGCUACCUGAGGAAGCAGAAGCUUGAAAACCUGAGGAAGCAGAAGCUUGAAAGCGUAUGUGGUCUAUGUUGGUAUCGUUUGCAGGAUUCCCCCUGAAGUUUUGAUAGUUGCAAAUCCUUCUGUUAAUUACUUAAUUCAUUGUGUCUUCUCCUUUCACCGUUCGUGGAGGCUCUCUGUAAUGUGCUUGGGUUGUGGGUGUUUGUUGCUCGAUUUGUGGGUUUGAACCUGGAGAUUUGAAAUAUAUGGGUUGUUUAUAUAUUUGUUCUCUUCAGUUGCCAUGCCAUUGUUGGUUCAACACCUAAUGCCGUUUUGUCACGAAAGCAUAUAUGAACUAGUUUUCUUUUUAA